AUGCCUGCUACGGUCUCCUUCCGAAAAUCUAUACGGUGGAUUCCAGAUCAAGCCUCUGAGCCUUCCGAUACAGUUGUUCUGACUGGAGGGAAGACCGGUGUUUUUCUCGAUGUACGCUUUUUGAAAGAUUCAAACGAAAUCGAGUGGGCUUUUGCUGGAUAUCGAUCAACAGGAAGUGAAGAACUAACGAAGUUCACACAUCUGAUCGAUUCUCGCACGAAGGAUCCCUUACAAGUAGUAGACUAUGGCUCUAACACUGUGCUGUCCGAUGGAACGAUCCUUGAGAAAGGAGAGAUGAUGAAUCCAGAGACCGGAAGGCUCACUGCCUACGAGGAAGUAUGGCAGGACGAAAGUUCCGACUCGAAUCAGGCAAUUUUCUUGCAGAAUGUCAAAUAUACUAGUUGGUAUGCACGAGUUGGACAUUGGCAACUCGCUCUUGGGCGUGAUUCCGCCGGUGUAUUCUGGGCUUUUCAAGCCCACUCAAUCGAUGGAGAUUGGAUGGUAGUACACAAUCUCGGUGUGACUAACAGCGGAACGGUUACCCUUUUGCCGGAAGAUACCUCCCACUGGGCAGAGGGAAGAGUACUGGAGUGGAAUGGCGAUCGCUGGCUGGUGCUGGAAAAGGAGUAA